UAGUGUGAUUUGUAUUAAAGAUUGAGAUAAAAAAGCAUACUCAAAACUAUCUUAGUUUGUUGGGAGUUGAGGGAUAUGGAAAAAUGGGUCUUAAGUAUUUUCACAUGUAGUUUCCACCAAGUCCAACUCAUACCCUCACUUCCCCUUAUAAGUGUUCCAUUUCUUGAUUCUCCUCCAUUAAGCUGAGGUUCCAAAAAACAAAAACCCAUCUCUCUCUUUCUCUUUCUCUUUCUCUUUGUCAAAUGGAUAUUCUCACUUUCUUCUUUGCCUUUCCCUUCUUCUACAUCCUCUUCAUGAUUUGGAAAUAUUUUGACCAAAAACGAGAUCAAGAGUGCUACAUUUUGGAUUAUCAAUGCUACAAGCCAACGGACGACAGAAAGCUAAACACAGCUUUCAGUGGGGAGAUCAUAAGGAGGACCAAGAAUCUGGGUCUCCGGGAAUACCAAUUCCUCCUGAAAGCAAUCGUCAGCUCUGGCAUUGGGGAGCAAACUUACGGGCCGAGGAUCAUGUUCUCCGGUCGAGAAAAUUGUCCAACAUUGUUAGAUGGGAUCUCGGAGAUGGAGGAGUUUUUCUAUGACAGCAUUGGGAAACUUCUUUCCAGGUCAGGCAUUUCUCCCUCGGAAAUCGAUGUUCUCGUGGUCAACAUCUCGAUGUUGGCAUCAGUUCCUUCCUUAUCAGCGAGGAUUAUAAACCUUUACAAGAUGAGGGAGGACAUCAAGGUCUACAACCUCACUGGAAUGGGUUGCAGUGCUAGUCUCAUUUCAGUUGAUAUCGUCAACAACAUUUUCAAAUCCCACAAGAAUCUAUACGCCCUCGUCAUCACCUCCGAAUCUCUAAGCCCGAAUUGGUAUUCGGGAAAUGACAGAUCGAUGAUCCUCGCUAACUGUUUGUUCAGGUCCGGCGGUUGCGCCAUCCUUUUGACUAACAAAAGGUCUCUUAGAAACUCCUCCAUGUUCAAGCUCAAGUGUCUCGUUCGGACACACCACGGAGCCAGAGACGAAUCCUACAAUUGCUGCUUACAAACCGAAGACGGAGAAGGAAAGCUAGGGUUUCAUCUCGGGAAGACACUUCCCAAGGCAGCUACAAGGGCUUUUGUCGAUAACCUUAGGGUUAUAUCGCCCAAGAUCUUGCCUGUGAGAGAGCUUCUCAGGUUCAUGGCCGUGACACUUUACCGGAAAUUUAUCCAGCCGAGCACCAGCAAAGGAGGGCCGCUGAAAUCCGCCGUGAACUUCAAAACCGGAGUGGAUCAUUUCUGCAUCCACACCGGAGGGAAAGCGGUGAUCGACGGCAUCGGAAUUAGCUUGGAUCUUGACGCUUAUGAUCUCGAACCGGCGAGGAUGACGCUUCACCGGUUCGGUAACACGUCGGCGAGUAGCCUGUGGUAUGUGUUAGGUUACAUGGAAGCUAAGAAGAGGUUGAAGAAAGGAGACAGAGUGUUCAUGAUUAGCUUUGGUGCUGGCUUUAAAUGCAACAGCUGUUUGUGGGAGGUAGUGAGAGACUUGGGAGAAGGAGAUGGAAAUGUGUGGAACGAUGAUAUUAAUGACUACCCACCACAGUCAUUGGCUAACCCUUUUAUUGAGAAAUAUGGAUGGAUUCAACAAGAAGAUCCAAACACAUUCAAAGUUCCAGAUGACUAUCGCUGCAUCUAAAUAUAUAUAUAUAUGGGUAAAGAAAUUUUUAUUUAUCAUGGUCAUGAUCUCUCUUUUCUAAUUUUUACUUUUCAGAAGAAAAAGGAAAAAGAAAAAAAAGUUUUUUUUUUUUUUUUUUUACAUCACUGUAUUUUGAUUAUUUUUCUGUAUACUAUAAGGUUCUUCUUAUUAUUGUUAAAUCCCUUUGGUGGAUUUCGUAACCCCAAUAAGGUUUGCAGCUUCCAAUAGGAUGAAAGAAUUGAAAGGCUAGCUAGCAUCCUUUUGGAAAGCUCUAUAUAUAUAUAUAUAUAUUCAUUUUAUAUUUUUUUUCCUUUUGUUUUUCAGAUUGGUAAUUGUACUUCUUUACUUCUUUGUUUGAUUGGGGGGAAAAUUAUGAAAAGCUUUGUACUUUUUAGUUUCGGCUCUUUAUAAAUAAAACUGUUUAAUAAAACACAUUGUGGCGAUAUGCAACA